AUGGAAUUAGAAAAUGGCGAAGUUCUUCAACUUUAAGGAUUUAGCAGCGUGAAGGAUAGCAUGAAUAACAAAAUAGGUCUUACCGAAAUAGAAUUGUUUGGAUUCUUUCCCAGAGUGUUGCUGAAGUACAUUAAAAGAAUUGGCACAUGGUUAAUUUUAUUCACUGCUCUCCUUGGGUAUAUUUAUGGGACCGCUAGUUCUUUUUUACUUGAAAAUAUAUACAGUUAUACAUUACAAGAGUUAUUUCAGAUUUACCUUAUCCCUAUGUUUAUUAGCAUCAUUGUAUUUUUUAUGAGAGAAGUUUUCUUUGAAUUUCAAAAGAAAAAAUCAGAAUAUGAUUUAAAUAACUUAUAGUGUAUCAAAUUUAAAAGUUUAAAGAAGACAUAUUAGAAAGUGAAAGCAUUUAAUUCAGAUAUUAUUAAUUAGAUAAGUUAGUUGAAUAGAGAAUAGUAAUAAAUGGUGGUUAGCAAUAACCUAAAUAGCAAUAAUAACAAUGCUAAUUCUAGUAAUUUUAAUACAAAUAAUAUCUAAGCAAAAUCUUAGUUUAUCCCAAUAGACAAUCAGUAGAAUAUUUCAGCUUUGCAAUCAGGUAAAGAGCCGGUUUUAGUUGAAAAGAGGGAGGGUUCACCAGUAAAUGAUCCCUACUUAAUUAAAAAUAAUAAAGUUAAUAACAUUUUAAAUAAUUUGGGAACCAAUAACUUAGAGAAUGUAAAGAUUUUACCAAAAGAAAGCAAUACAGGCUCAAUGUCAUUUGGGAUCAACAACUAAUAGAUUCAAAAUUUUAAUCCCAAUUAAUAGUUAAGCAAUUUUAAUUCAUUUUACUCAGCAAAUGUAAAUGGCACAGUCAACUACUAAAAUCUAUACAGCUAAUAAAACUCAAAUCAAUAGAGCUAUAAUAAUAUCCCCUCUUAACCUCCUUAACUAACAAAAUAUGCAAGUGAAUUAUAAAAGCAGUAGUAAAAUUAGGCUUUGGUAGUAAAGACAAAUUCUAACCAGUAUAUGGCAAGUUAAAAAUAGAUUCAAACAGCAAAUGGCUAAAAUAUCAAUAAUCCGAAUAUUAAAAAAAUUAAGAAUUAAAAAGAUUUGAGUUAAAGUAUAAAUAUAAAUAAUACUGGAGCUUUUAUAGCAAGACGUCCUCAUAAUGCAAGUAAUAGCUAAGCAAACAUUAAUAAAAAGAGGACACUUCAAGACAAAAAAAUUGAAGAAUAGAAUUUGGAGGAAAAACUUUAGAAAUACAACUCAGAAAAAAUAUAAAUUGUGGAGUAAGUGUGCUGGAAAGAUUUACAAUUAGGAGAUAUUGUGAUAUUAAAACGGGGUCAAGUAUCUCCUGCUGAUUUAUUAAUCCUUGAGAGCAAGGGUGGAAAAAUUUCUGUUGAUUGUUAAUUAGUUAAAGGUAUUUGCGACGAAAUUAUAAAAAAGCCAACUAUGGUUACAUCAAUUUCAGAUGGAUCUAAAAUAAAAUAAAGUGUUUUCGAGUAUAGAAAGAUAUUGAAUGGGAAACUAGAGUAUUCGUCUUUAAAAUUAAAGGAUGGCUUUAAGGGAUUUAUAAAACUAUCAAAAGACCCAAAAGGAGAAGAAAUAGAUAAUAAUAACGUCAUUUUUAGAGGAUCAAUUUUAAGGAAUUGCAAAUGGGUUUAUGGGCUUGUAAUUUAUGCUGGUCACGAUUGCAGAAUAUUUAAGCAAUCAAGAGGCAUGACUUCUCUAAGAAAAUCAUUUUUCGCUAGCAAAGCUUAAACAUUUUACACAAUUUCUUUGUUCCAGAUAAUCUUUAAUAUUUUAGUUUCAAUGCUAUUUCUUUAUUUCCAACCCUGUAAUUAUACAAAUAACUAAAAUUAUCAAAUUGAAUAUGUCUAACUAUAUAUAAUAAGCUACUUGAUGGACUAUUUAAAUAUUCUUCCUCCCUUAUUUUAUGCUACAAUAGAUAUUAUUGACAUGAUUAAUGAUAUUUUUUAAUCAUGGAAAUUUUAUAAGUAUAAAAAGCAAAUAAAUUCUUAAAAUAAAGUCUAGCAAUAGCAAAAGCAGUAGUUAUAGUAAUAGUAAUAGUAAUAAUAAUAGUAACAAUAAGAAUAAAAUAACUUAAUUAAUCCUUAGAAUAUAUAAAAUAAAAAUAGUGCUUAAGAAGAAUGUUUGAAUGAUAUAUAACCUGAAGAAAAAUAAUAAAAUUAAUAAAGUGAUGAUAUUUAUAAACUUACAAGAAGUGUUUCUAUUUCUGACAUUUCACUAACAAAUCACGUAUUUUUUGAUAAAACAGGAACUAUAACUGAAGAUAAGUUUGAAGUAAAAUCUAUUUUCAUAAAGGAUUCUUUGUAUUUGCUCCCAGAUCAUGAAAAAUUGAAAAAAGUAUUACCAAAUUAUGAAAAAGAAACUAAUGCUGAAAAAUCAAUUAAAAGUUCAAUUAUUGAGCAAACUAACUUUCCAACAGAAUUAACAGAAGAAAAGAUUGAGUUUAAUGGAGUUAAAGCUUCUUAAGAUAGUACUUCUUUUAAAGCAAGUAUAACAUAUUUGACAUAACAUAGAAAGAAACAUGACAGUGAUGGUAUAUUUGACAAUGAAAAUUUAGAAGAGGAAGAAAAAGAUAUUAUAAAAUCUAAUUUAGCUAUUAGCAAUAGCGAUGAAUAAGAAAAAGAAAUAGAAAUCAAAGGUAAAAGUAGGAACCAAAAUAGAUAGCCUUCAACAUUCUAUUAAAGCAAUGAAGAGAAAUUAAAGAAAGAAAAUUUGAAUAUUCAAGUUGAUCCCACAAUUUACAGUCCUUCUAAUUUGAAAUAAGGUUUGGAGGGCUCUAAUAAUUUCCAUGGUAAAAGAUAAACUAGUCAAACAGAGUCUGACAUGCAUAUCCACACUUCUGAAGAGUAAAUUUUUAUGUAAAACCUUUUUGAUGAAUAUGAUGGCUACUACCACUAAGCUAUACUUUCUCUGAUUUUAUGCCACUAAACUAAUACUGGUAUAGAGAGAAGCUAAGACGCUCAACAAUAAUAAAUAAAAAAGAACUCCCUAUUUAAAAUUGAGAAAGAAAUUAUGAACUUUGCAGAAUGUUUGGGAUAUUAAUUCAAAUGGAACAACUCUAGUAAGGGGUUAUAGCCAACUUUUCACUUAAAAAUAUGCAAAAAAAUUAAAGAUUAUCAUGUGCUUGCUGUGAACGAAUACACUGAAAAGAGAAAAAGAAUGUCAGUCCUUAUCAGAGAUCCUAAUUCUGAUAGUAUUUCAGGUGCAAUUUUAAUUGUCAGAUAAGGAUUAGGCUAGACUUUACCAGAAAAUCUUAAAAAUAACAUAGUAGAGAACGAGAAACUCUCAAAGAUUAAUAGGGUUAUGGAGAGUUAAGGUAUGAGGAGAAUGAUUUACAUGAAAAGGGAGCUCACAGAAGAUUAAUGCAUGGAAUAUGUUUAAAAAUAUGAAAACGCGCAUAAAAACUUAAUUACAAAUGUAGAUCAAAGAGAGGAGAUUUAUAAUUCUAUUGAAAACGAUUUAGAAUUAAUAUGUGUCCUAGGUUUACAAGAAAAAAUAAGGCCAGAUGUUGAACCUCUCAUACAUAGUCUAAAUGUGAGUGGUAUUGGUACCUGGAUGUUGAGUGGAGAUAACUUUGAAAAUAAUUUGGGAGUAGCCUAUCAAAUAGGUUUUGUAGAAAACGAUUAAUAAGUACUUCAUCUUAACUCUGAAGACUCUGAUUUUUUGAAAAUGCAGAUAAGACAGUAAUUAUAGCUUUUUAAAAGUAUUUUUGCAUCGAAAGAAAAGAGUGGAGGCCAUUUUUAGGAAGUGUAAAAUAACAUAAAAUAGCUUAUUAAUAAUAGUAGUAACAACAAUAACAACCACUCUCAAAUAAAUUUGACACAAAAUGGUUAAAACCACAACGGGUAAAAUAUGAAUUCUCCAAAAGAGAAGGAUGAUAAACUAUCAACUCCAAAGAGUCUCAACUAAUCACAGAACUAAUUUUAAAGAGAUGUACAUCAUAAAAAUUCCCUUAUAGAAAAUAGCUCACUUUUCUAAAGUAACUUUCAUAAAAGACAGACAAGAAAGCGCUCAACUUCUGCUUGGAAUUUAGAAAAGAAUCUUCCUCAGUACUCCAUUUUUAUCUCAGGAAAAUCUCUUAUCACUAUUUUUUCAGAUAAUUACCUGAAGGAUCAUUUUAGUUUUUUAUCUUAUUUUGCAAAAUCUGUGAUUGGUUAUGAUUUAACACCUUAAUAAAAAUCGUGGUUUGUUCGUUUGGUAAAAUAAACCUUUCCUGGUAAUUAAAAAACCCUCUCAGUUGGUGAUUCAUAUAAUGAUUGCCAUAUGAUGUAGGAGACUGAUGUAAGCAUUUAAAUAGAAAAUUCCAGAAAGGCUACUAUAUCUGAGUUAGGAGAUAUUAUUGUUAAGGAUUUUAAAACUCUAUCAAGACUUAUAUUCUUGACAUCCAGGUUUUUCUCUGAAGUUUAUGAAGAAUUGUUGCUAUACUGCUUUUAUAGAUCAUUUUUGCUUGCUUACAUGAUUUUAUUUUUCAACUUGAUUGACUGUACAUAUGCAAGUAGUCUAUUUAGUGGCUAUGAUAUAUUAAACUACAAUACUGUAUUUUUUAUCUUCUCCAUCAUCCCAUAUACAUACAAAAAGUAUAGGCUCUUUAAACAUUACUAACAGUUUAAAAAUUAAGACUAAAUUGUUGAAUAAUUCAAGUAUAAUAUAAAAGUUUUUAAGAAAAAGAAGACUAUGCUAUUUUUAUAUAAAGUUGUUGGACAUAGCUUUUUGGAGUCAUUAAUAUUGUUUGUAAUAUGCUAUUUUAAUUUCAAUUUUGGAUCUCAGACGAAUGGAAAGGAUAACAGUUUAAUAGUUCUUAAAAGAUUAGGAUUAAUUAUGAUUACUUUUUGGUCAUAAGUAAAAUUUAACAUAGCAAAUAACCAGUCUUACUUUGAAAUAGUUUGCAGUCAUGUUUUUCAUUUUAUAGGAGUAAUUGUUUAUUUGUCUUUUGGUGCUAUGAUUGAUAAAAAUCCCUCUAAUUUCGUAGAAUUGGGUGAAAUGAUCCAAUCACCUCAAAUGUACAUAACUAUUUUCUCAUUAGCAAUGUUUGCAGUUAUCCUCUAAAUAUUUUUAGAGAACAACAUGUACAUACAAAAAUUCUUUCCUUUUCCAUAUAUCAUAGAUCGUGAAUUGUAUUCUGAAAUCAAAGGAGAAAUGAAUGAACUCAAAUUUAAUCGUCAGACCUACCUUGAAAAAGCUGCAAGGAACAAUAAGCCAGAAAAUGGUCUUGUUUAUUAUAAACUUAUAAUAGAAAACCAUCUUUCAAAAAUUUUAAACUAGAUAUUCAAAGGAUCUAAGCAAGAAAACAUGGAUUAAAUCUUGCAAAAUCUUAUACAAAGCGAAGAAAUUUCUAUUAGUUAGUAAGACAUGAGUAAAGUUUCUCUUAAAUUUAAGAAUAGAGAUUUAGAGAAAAAAUUCUUAGAAAACCUAGUCAAGCAGUGGGAAAAAUUUAAUAUGAGAAGCUAGAUAUCUAUUCUUUUCUUCUUGGAAACUAUACUAACUGUAAUAGGAGUCAUAACUUAUCAAGUCAUUAUGAAACAAGAAACUGAUAAAUUCUAAAAUUUGAUUAUUCCUCAAUCAAUUUCAAUAGUAGUGAUUUUUAUACUUGUUUUAGUUCUCAUAACGAAGAGAAAUAAGCUAUUUUUCUAAAUGAACAUAAGCAUUUUUUUCUUUAGAAUUCUAUUUAAAAUAAUAUAAGAUUUGGUUUCAUUUACUAAUCUAAUGCUAGUUUCUAUCAUCUACUCUUAUAAUAUGAAUUUUGCAAUAAUUGCUAAGCCUCACCUUAUCUGUAUUGGCUCUGUAAUGCAAAAUAUUAUUUUUAUACCCCUAAUGAUUGCUUAGACUAGCUCUUCUUAAAGUGAAUCAAGUGUUAGUAUUUAUGUUCUGAUUUGUGCAGUAAUUUACAUUUUAAAUUUCAUGGUGACUCUGCUCAUUUAGAAAUACACUCUUGAAUAAACUGAGAGAAAUAACUUUUUACAAUUUAGCAAGAUGCAAUAAGAAACAUAAAAAGUAAAUAACGUCUUAUCAAUUCUCCUUCCUAAAUUUGUCAGGGAAAGGAUAAGUGCGGAAUAAUUAAGCAACGAAAAUACUGAGAGCAGAAACUAAAUUUCUGAAGAUUAAGGAGAAGUAGCAGUACUUUUUUUACUUAUUUGUGACUUUGAUGAAAUUUCUUAAAGUGAAAACGAAAAAAUUGUUAUGCUUUUAGACAACCUUUUUAGAUACUUUGACAAUUUAUGUUCAGCUAAUGAUGUAACAAAGAUAGAGACGGUCGGAAAUAGUUAUGUUUGUGCAGCAGGCUUAAAAUCUGUUGAAGAAUAAAAUAGCAGGAAAAAAGCUAAUGCGAUUAAUCCAGUAAGAAGAAUGAUUAAUUUAGCUUUCGAUAUGAAAAACUAUGUCUAAAAUAUUAAAUGGGGCAGCCAAGGAUAAUCUAUGGUUAUUAAAAUUGGUAUUCAUUAUGGAAAGGUCAUGGCAGGUGUAAUUGGUUACCAUAAACCUCAAUUUUCAUUAAUCGGCGAUACAGUAAAUACUACAAGUAGAGUAAUGUCUACAGGAGAAAAUGGUAAAAUUACACUCUCAAAAUAAGCCUUUGAUUAAAUUAAUUAGUUCCUUCAAGAAUAAGGAUAUAGUUACUAACAAAAAAAUGUUGAAGCUAAGGGCAAAGGCGUUUUAGAAACAUUUUAAAUAUUUUAAAAUAAAAAAAAUUAAAUAAAAUAAGACAAGAGGAGAACACUAAAAACAACACUUUACCAAACUUUUAAAAAAUAAACUCAAUAUGAUAAGGGUAAAAAAUCAACAAUUAGACAAAAUCCAAACUCUCCCUUUAGAAAUAAUUCGAGAACUAAAUAAUAUAAGAAAAAUACAUCUAACAUUCCAUCUCCAGAAAAAAAUGAAGAAAAAUUAAUUACAUUAAAGUAGAAUUCUCUUCCAUUUAAUAGUAGUGACGGAGUAAGAUCCAAAAAUCAAAGCACAGCAGCUACUCAUGGUCCUUAAAGCGAUAGCAAUUAAACUAUAAAUGAUGAUAAAUAGCAAUAGCAAUAGAUUGUUAAAAAGAAUACAUUAAAUGAAAUAGAAGAAGAAACUUCAAAAGUCUCCAUGAAGGAUCUUGAUUCUAAUUAAAAAAUUGAUAAAUCUCUAAAUUUCAAUUAAAUGUAUAAAAAACUCCAAAUAGACCCUUCUAUAAUUAAUAGUGGAUUUGCCCCUAUUCAGGAAGAAUUAUAUAUACCACUUUAAAAUAGUAACCAAAAUAAUGCUAAAUUUACAACAGAUGCAGAUAAUAAUGAAGAUGAAGACAUUGAAAAUUUCAAAAAGAACUCAAAUGAUCAAAUUUAAAAUGAUGAAGUUGUAAGUGUUAAUAAAGUUAAUGGCAAAACGCAAAACGAAAAAACAGAAAAUAGUUAUCUAUUAAAAUUUAACGAAGAAGAUCCUAUUUCGAAAAUUUAAGAUAUAGAACCGAAUGGCUUGCUAGAUCCAAACACAUUUUAAAAUAACUAUGGUAGAAGAAGAAUGCAAAGGAAAAUUACAAGACUGAUGAAUGAUCAUUCUCCUCAUUAAAUUUAACAUUCAAAUUCUGUAGAAAAAAAUAUUGAUUAACUACUUAAACCAGAAAGUAAAACUAACAUAGAGCGUCAUUCAGCUACUCGUUUUGUACAAAGAAAUUCGAUUAGAGGUUUAAAUAUAAAAAGUGCUUUAAAUUCAUAAAGAUCAAAAGAGUCAAAAGUAGAAAUAGGAAGCGAAGUCUUCCCAUCAAUCCAUAAUAACUUAAAUUAAUCUGCGCAGCAAUUAGUUAUUUAAUGCAACUUAUCUUAUAAGUAAAAUGAUGAAAUACAAGAUGAAUAUAUAGAAAAUGAUAGGUUAUUUGACUUAUAUGAUUUUGAAGAAGAAAAAUAAACUCAGGAAAAUCUCAUUUCAUUUAAGAAGAAAUUUUUCAUCCCAUACCUAGACUCAAAGAAUCCUUAUGUUUUACAGUUUAGCUCAUAAAUUCAUAAAGACUAGAUAUAGUAUAGACAAAAUAGAAUCACUUGCUUAUUUUUGUCUUACAGUAUAAAAACUAUUUUACAACUAUUUAAUUUAGCUAUUUUCAAUAAUUUUGCUGUAGUGCUAAGCUUUAGAGGACUGUUUAUUUCAUUAUUGUUUUUAUACUAUAUUGUAAAAAAUAAAUACUUUCAAGAUAAUACCUUACUCUUCAGAAAAUAUGUUUACGUGCUAUAUAUAGUUGGAAUUAUCAGUGUUAUUUUUGAGUCAUCUUCUUUCCACUUUAAUGGAUUAGAAUAAAAUCUAAUAGAAUAGAUUUGGUAGCUACAAGCUGCAGAAAGUUUCUUUUUACUAAUAACCUUAGCUUCUUUAAAUAACCAAAGGUUUGAGAUAAAUUUAUUUUUUUACAUAAUAUUGCUUAUAAGCUGGAUAAUCUUAGCUAACGAAAGUAACAUAGUCAUUUAUGUCAUCUACUUUUUUAUAUAUGGGGGUGUAGCUCAUGGAAUUUUUAAUUACAUUCUUCUUGGACUUUAAAUUAAUAACUUCAAUACCUACUAAAUACUCAAAAGAAAAAAUAACCAACAAGCUUCCUUACUUAAUAAUUUACUUCCUCUUCAUAUUUUGGAUAAGUUCUUAAACAAUCGUUAAGCAGAAAGAAUGUCAUUAACUGAUUAGAUAGAUAAUGUGACUAUAUUAUUUGCAGAUAUUUCUCAAUUCACAAAGUAUUCUAGUCAGGUUCAACCAGAACAAGUGGUUAAAAUGCUUAGAAGCUUAUUCUACGAAUUCGAUAGAAGUGUUUAGUAUCUAAAUUUAUUUAAGUUAUACACAAUAGGAGAUUGCUAUGUUGUACUAAGCUUCAAUGAUAUCAACAAAAGAAAUAUUGUAGAAGAGGCUAAAAAUGUUAUUUACAUGGGACUUGAAAUGAUAAGAAUUAUAAGGAAUGUUAGAUCAAUAAUUAAUUUUGAAGAAUUAGAUAUGCGUAUAGGUGUUCACACUGGUAGAAUUAUUGGUGGUGUUAUUGGUACUGAUAUAGUUAGGUAUGAUGUAUAUGGUAGUGAUGUCACUAUAGCAAAUAAAAUGGAAAGUAAUGGAGAAAGAGGAAAAAUUUUAAUAAGCCAAGUUACUUAUGAUCUACUUGCAAAUAGUUAAUAUUAAAAUCUCUUUAAUUUCACUAAAAAAGAAGAAGAUGUAUACAUAAAGACUCUAAAUAGAUAUGUGCCUGCAUACUUCGCAGAACUUAAUUAGCAAGCUCAAGAUUCUUCUGAAAUUUUAGAAUAAAGUUGA